AUGCCCUUCGACCUUUCUCUUUCACCGCUUGGGCCGGAACCGAUGUUCGACGUAUAUUUCCAAGGUCUCACGCAAGGUGCAGAUCAAUAUCGAAUAUUCACUCCCGGCUGGCUUGGAGCUGAAGGAGCUGAAGAGACACACCACCUGAAUCAAACCCCAAUAUCCAUGGCCCCUUCUAUUGGUAAUGGUACGGUUGUCGAGGGUUCCCUCGGGAGCGACGACGUCCACGGAAGGCGCUCCUUUGCUGCCGCCAGCGAGCCGGCAGAGUCUGUGCACACUUUGGCGAGUUAUGACAAGCCUGACCUCUUUUCGAUCGACAUUCCUCCCGCCAUCGCGGAGCAUCUGUUAGAGCUCUACUUCCAAAAAAUACAACCAGCGCUGCCUCUUCUUCAUCGCCCGAGAUUUCUUGCCUCGUUACCAGCAGCAGGUCAAGUUGAACACCAACGCUACCAGAACCUCGACCUUGAGUCUGCUCUCUUGCUGAAUGGUAUCUUCGCUUUAGCAGCCCGAUUCUCAGAGAAGACGGACUUCUGGACUUGCGAACCGAAGAUGCGGGGGGAGGCCUUCGCCAAAAAAGCUCAAGCCCUAUGUGAUCUAGGCUCUCGGGAUGAGGACGAAGACCAUCUGACCAUGAAAUAUCUACACGGCUGCAUACUUCUUACAUAUUACCAGCUGUCGUCACGCCCGUCAUUUCGAGCUUGGGUCGACCGCGACAGCGAAUCCUUACCUCCAGACGCUCAGAUAUCCGUAGAGGACUGGUGCGACAAAGAGGAACGACGACGAGCAUGGUGGGUCAUUUUCCAGAUGGACAAUUUCGCAAGCGUGAUUGGAGCUCGACCAUUUAGCCUUGACAUGAAGAGAUCAGACGUUUGGCUGCCAGUGUCCGACGAAGCUUGGUUUGAUCUCCGACCAGUGGGAUCGGCGCCCAUAUCAUCGAAAGGUCCUGCAGCCGCCUGGAGGAGUCUUUUGGACACCGAAAACAAAGAUGCAUACGCGUGGUAUCUCGUGGGCAAUUUUCUUCUACGGUCGGCACAAGAGGAGUUUGAAAAGCGAGAUCGUUCUUUGGGCAAUCUCAAAAUCCUUCAGUCCGCCAUCCACUGCUUUUGCCUCAGUCUACCUCCAAACUUGAGGAUGAAAUCGAAAAAUUUGGACUUUGCAGAAAACAGUUUCAGGGACAAGAACUGGAUCAUCGCCAUGCAUUUCAUCAUCCAUAGCAAUAAUAUCAUCGUCAAUCUUGGACUCUACGCCGAAGGGCUGAAAAAUCAAGGCUCUAUAAUGUCCGAUGUAUCGCCUGUCCAGGAUGAAUCGACCAGUCUCGAGAUGUCUGCUGGGAGCCCUGCCCAGCAAUGUGGCAAGGUGUUGAGAGACCAGAUCAGCGUAGUACGUAUGUGGACGCCUGAUUUCAUUGCCCUCGCAUCGCCUUUUAUCACCGCUGCCAUUGUUGGCCCAGCCGCAGCACACUCCGCCGAUCGCUCUCUUCUCGAAUCGGAUGUACGGGACGAAGCUCUUGCAGCUCUCGACGGCAACCUUCUCGACUUGGUCUUGCGGCGAUUUUCAGAAUACUGGGGGAUUGGACAAUUUUGCCUUGAUCUGUUGCAAGUGCUUGACACAGCUGAGCCAUUGGAGGCAUUAAAACUGAAAGGGUAUCCGUCUACAUGGGUACAGAGCAUCUUGAAACGAGCACAGUUUCUAAAAUCGGGGUCAAGUCGACAUGUCACUUGA